AGAUAUUCCAUGAUGUUGCCUAUAAAGCGAAAGACCGAAAUGAUCUUUUAGCAGGAAUAGAUGAGUUCUUAGACCAAGUGACAGUCCUACCUCCUGAGAGAGUGGGAUCCAUCUAUACGCAUUGAGCCACCAAAAAGUGUUCCUUCUCAGAAAAGCGCAAGAUCCCAACUAUCCCAAAUGGUUCAACACCAACCAAGUGAGACGUUAAAAGAGGAACAACACCAUGCUGGCCCAGAGCUCCAGAGAACUGGAAGGCUUUUUGGUGGUUUGAUGCAUGACAUCAAAAGGAAAGCACCUUUUUUCUUGAGUGACUUCAAGGAUGCAUUAAGCCUGCAGUGCCUGGCCUCCGUUCUUUUCCUAUACUGUGCCUGUAUGUCUCCUGUAAUCACUUUUGGAGGUCUCCUGGGAGAGAAGCCACACAAAACAGAAUAAGUGCAAUAGAGUCUCUUUUUGGAGCAUCGCUAACGGGCAUUGCCUAUUCUCUAUUUGCU